AUAUUCAAAACACUUUAUUAUCUGCAUUUCAAAAAUUCAUAGGAACAAAAAGCAUUUUGAUUAAAUUUGUUCAAGCCAACAACUAAUUGUGUCUCUCAAUGUUUUCUUUGUUUAAAUUGUUUCAUUUUCUACUCUAUAGUUUUGUCUUCUUGAAACAGUUAGCCUUAGCAGCAAAAGAAGAAAACCAAUUCAUCUACCAUGGCUUCAAUGAAACUGACCUGCAUACUAAUGGGAUUGCAAAAAUUCACAAGAAUGGUCUGCUAGAGCUGACAAAUCUUUCAGCUAUACAAAUCGGCCGCGCUUUCAUUCCAUUCCCUCUAAAGUUCAAUGAUCAUUCAUCAGAGAAUUCUCAGUCUCUUUCAUUUUCCACCAAUUUUGUGUUUGCCAUUCUUCCUCAGUUGGCAAAUCUUGGUGGCCAUGGCUUUACCUUCACUAUCUCUCCAUCUAUCGAGUUAACAGGAGGAGAGCCGAUACAAUACUUUGGACUAUUUAAUUCUACAACCAUUGGCUUGUCCUCAAACCAUAUUUUUGCUGUUGAGUUUGAUACUAUACUGACUCCAGACUUUCGAGACAUAGACAACAAUCAUAUCGGUGUUGAUGUGAAUGGUUUAAUAUCGAAUGUAUCAGCUUCAGCUGCCUACUAUUCAGAGGAAGAAAGGGAAAAUAAGAGUUUAGAGCUAAUAAGUGGAAAUCCAAUGCAGGUAUGGAUAGAUUAUGAUGAUGUAGAGAAGCUAAUCAAUGUUACUUUAGCUCCUAUAACAAUCAAGAAACCAGAAAAGCCUCUCUUGUCAACAAAUCUUGAUCUUUCCUUAGUUUUCUUGGAUUCUAUGUAUGUUGGCUUUUCUUCUUCACUUAGUUUUCUUGGAUUCUAUGUAUGUUGGCUUUUCUUCUUCAACAGGAUCAAUGUCAAGCUACCAUUAUAUUCUUGGAUGGAGCUUUAA